AUGGCAACAGGAUGCAAGAUAUGUAAAGAGGAUUUCCACGGUCCACAUGUCGUGGCCAACGAUUUCGAAUACCAUAACGACUGCUUCCUAUGCCAACAAUGUCUCCGCCCAUUCGCAAACGGGGUCUACUUUGAAGCCGAAGGACGUCUCCUCUGUGGCGACGACUAUGCAGUGCUGUUUGGAUCGCGCUGUGGUCGAUGCGGUGAAAUUAUCACAGACAAGGCAAUCAAUGCCCUGGACAUGAAAUGGCAUCCUGAACAUUUCAUAUGUCAGUCGUGUGGGAAGUCGUUGGCUGGAUUGAAUUUCUUGAAGAAGAAUGGCAAGCCUGUUUGUAAGGAUUGUUAUGCAAAGUUGAGGGCUAGAGAGGCUGAAAUACAAGACUUGUGUGAACGAUGCAAGAAGCCAAUCACCGGUGCUCCUCUCAUCUUGAAAGGACAACGGUUCCACGCUCACCACUUUUCAUGUGCUCAAUGUAAACAAGAGCUAUCCACAAAAUGCAAAGAACAUGAAGGGAAACUGUAUUGCGCGACUUGUUUCGAUGGGUUGAGUAGUAAGAUGUGUAAUGCUUGUCGUGGGCCUAUAUAUGGAAGGAGUAUUACUGCAUUUGGGAAACAGUUUCAUCCUGAGCACUUUGUAUGCUCCAAGUGUGAACGACCGUUUGCUUCUAGCCAGUAUUGGGAAUAUGGUAACAAGCCAUAUUGUGAGGUACAUUAUCAUGAAGUCAUGGGUGCCUUUUGCGGAUUAUGUCGUGAAGCCGGUGCUGGUCGAUUGGUGGAAGCACUAGGACGUAAAUGGUGUGAAAAUCACUUGUUAUGCAUGGGAUGUCAUGUGAAUUUGGCUUCUGGUAAAGUCAAGUUUGUGGAAUGGGAUACCAAACCGUUCUGUAAGAGGUGUUUUGAAAAGCUACCUUCGGAUGUCAAGAAGAAUGUCGUGAAUUACGCUGAUAAUGAACGUAAAGUUGAACAGUGA